AUUAGUAUUCAGUGAUUAAUGGAAACUGUAUUAUAACUUAUAGGAAACAAGAAAAUCAAUUAAAUACACCCUUCUAGAGUAGUUUUAUUUUGAAAAUCCUAUCCUUUUGUCCCUGCUGUAGUCACCCUCAGUAAACUGCUGCUGUUAGUCGGUGCUGUGGCCACAUGAGGGCGCUGGAGGGACGCGAUAAACUCACCUGUCUUAUUACUGGACUCUGGAUCUGAUUGGUCCUCGUGCGUAAAACACUCCCCCCUUUAUAUUUUGGUAAGUUGUGGCACAGCAGAUAGUCUCGUGCAGCCUUCACACUGACUGGAAGUUGUGUUCAAUGGGAAACUCUCGCUCUGUUCUCCGCUGUGCGUAAAACCUCUCCACAUGAUGUCCAGCAGCGUUUUGGUGAAACCCCUGGAGGACCUGAGCCUGGAUUCGGGCUAUGUGGCCGGGGACCCCUGUCCGUCCCUCAGCCUGUCCUCCUCCGACAGGUCUCAGCCGCACACCAGCACCCCUCACCGGGGCACCUGGCGGCGGCACACCGGCUCUCUGUGCAGCAGGAACGGCAGCUGGGACACGGUGAGCACGCUGCCGGAGGACGCGGCGGACAUCCUGGCCAAGUGCCCCUCCCUCCCGGACCUGGAGGACUACCCCUGGACCGAGCAGGAGCUGCGGGAAGUCGUGCGUAAAGUGUCCGGUUCGGAUGCGUCGUUCACCGGAGAGGCCGUGCAGCGGCUGUGCGCUCUGCUCCGGAGAGCUUUGGUGCGCAUCUCCCGGGAGGCGCAGCGGCUGAGCGAGCUCCACGGGCGGUGCACGCGCCUGGAGGUGCAGAGCGCGGCGAGGCUCGUGCUGAGCUGGGGUCUGGCCGAGCAGUGCGUCUCCUCCGCGGUGAGGGCGGUGUCCCUGCACUGCAUGAGCUCCGGGGACACCGCGCGCCAGCGGAGCAAGUCGGCGCGCUGCGGGCUCACGCUCUCCGUGGGCCGCUUCUUCCGGUGGAUGGUGGAGACACGCGUGUCGGUGCGCGUGCACGAGUACGCCGCAGUGUGUCUGACGGCGUGCGUGGAGAGUCUGGUGGAGGAGUUGGUCGGACGCGCGCUGCAGGCGGUGAGGCUGACCGAGGAGGAGGAGGAGCAGCGGGGCGGACGGCGCACCGGCUGCCCGGUGACCGCGGAGCUGCUGGAGGGAACCGUGAACAACGACGCGGAGCUGUGGGGACUCCUGCAGACCUGUGAACACCUCAUCUGUGGUAAAAAUGCCAAUGGCGAGCUGUCUCUGCCGGCCCACGUCAGCCCGUACACGAAGGUUCCCGAGGCCUCGAUGGAGAGCCGGGAGGACGCCUACAUCCAGCUGGAGCUGCGGACGCUGGAGCAGUCUCUGCUCGCCACCGGUGUGGGCAGCAUCGCCGAGCUCAGUGAUCUGGUGUCUCGAGCGAUGCACCACAUGCAGCGUCUGCGCAGCUCGAGCGUGUCCGUAGGCGCCGCUCGCUCAGCCAAUCAGCCGUCAGUAUCCUGGGCUCCGGACGCCCUCCGGACGCUGUACUACUUCCUGUCCAGCCAACAGAUGGAGUCACUGGAAAACCCAAACCUGGAGCCUCCGACCACGACCCUGAACAGAGAGAGGCCGUUCCUGCUCCUCCCUCCUCUCAUGGAGUGGAUCAGAGUCGCUGUGGUGCACGCCGAACAUCGCCGCAGCCUGUUGGUGGACAGUGACGACAUCAGACAGACGGCCAGGCAGCUCCUCCCAGGUCUGGACUGCGAGCCCAGACAGCUGAAGUCUGAGAGCUGUUUCCAGUCCUUCAGAUGUUUGGAUGCAGAAGCUGCUGCUGACAAGUUCCAGCUGGAUUUGGGCUUCAGGAUGCUCUCGUGUGGCCGAGCGGAUCUGGUACUUCAGGCCGCACGGCUUCUGGGAGCCGAGGGGCUGAACACUGCGGACGACCAGGGAAUGACUCCUCUGAUGUACGCCGCAGCAGCAGGAGACGAAGCUCUGGUGCAGAUGCUUGUAGAGGCCGGAGCUCACCUGGACCUGCAGGUCCCAGGCUGCUCUAGCAGACACCCGUCGGUUCACCCCGGCAGUCGGCGCUGGGUGGCUCUGACGUUCGCCGUGCUGCACAGUCACCUGUCUGUGGCUCAGCUGCUGUUGGAGGCCGGAGCGGACGUGGAGGGAGGAGCCCUGCUGGACGGGCAGGAAAGCUCCGCCGAGACGCCGCUGCAGCUCGCCGCCGCUGCAGGUUACUACGAGAUGGUGAGCUUGCUGCUCGCUCAUGGAGCCGAUCCUCUGCUCAGAGUGCAUCAUGGGAACUCACUGAUGUCGCCGCUGUAUGAGGACAUGAACUGCUUCAGUUACGCUGCAGCACACGGACACAGGAACGUCCUGAGGAGGCUGCUGCUGCAACCUCAGCACAGGAAGGAGGACAUCCUCUCUCUGGAGGAGAUCCUGGCUGAAGGAGUCGAGGAGGAGGAGGAGGAGGAGGCAAAAACUGCAGACUCCCCGAGCCCUGUUCCCAGACUGUGUAAGGCCAGGAUGAAAGCCCUGCAGCAGGCCGCCUACUACAGCGCCGAGCACGGUUACCUGGACGUUACCAUGGAGCUAAGAGAGAUAGGUGUUCCCUGGAGGCUCCACAUCUGGCUGCAGUCUCUCCACAGAGCUCAGCAGCUGUGUCGGGACAAAGUCAUCGUCUCCCUCCUCACAGAGUUCCCCUCCAUCAGGACAGAGGACUACGGCCCCGAGCUGCUCUCCACAGGCGUACCACUCAUGUUUAGCAUGCUGGAGACCAGCAAGGACUACGUGGUAACCAAGCGUCUGGCGUCUGUGUUUGCUCACUGCUACGGCCCCUCUCCCUUCCCGCCCGUCCCUCCAAUGGACGUCACUCUGUCCACACAGCUCGAUAUUCACUUCCUGAACAACCAGGAGAUGUCAGAUGUGACGUUCCUGGUGGACGGACGUCCGUUCUUCGCUCACCGGGUGCUGCUGAUGUCGGCUUCUGAACGGUUUCGACGGAUUCUCUGCGAUUCCCCCGACGGCAUCAUCCACAUCAGUCACAUGACCUACAGCACGUUCCAGAUGAUGAUGAAGUCUUUGUACUGUGGAGGAACUGAAGGACUGAUUGUCUCACACUCUGAAGCCUUGAAGCUGCUGCCAGUGGCCACUUUCUUCCAGCUCAGGGGUCUGCAGAGGUGCUGUGAGACGAAGCUGUCGCAAAGUCUGACUGUGAAUUCUGUCGUCAACAUCUACCAGGCUGCAAAGCUUCAUGGAGGAGCCGAACUCUGCAGAUUUUGUGAAGGAUUCUUCCUGCAGAACAUGGAUCGGCUCCUGGACCGGGAGGACUUCCACCGCCUGCUGCUGGGUGGUGUCGGUCAGGAGCUGCUCUGCCCGGAGGUGGGCCCCCAGGACCAGGAUUCACCGGGUCUCCUGAGGGUUUUGGAGGCCACAUUAAUACACAGACUUUACACCCUCCACUCUGCAUGUCGAGAGUAGAAACAACCCGGACUGUGUAUUUACACUGGUAUGUGUGUUUGGGAAACGUAGCCAUAUACUGUGUUUGUUAGUCACGUUAGAGUAGGAGAUUAAACAGACGAUGUUUGCUGUAUUUAUUAAUCUUGACACAAGCGGAUAUUUCUGCAACCGGGGAGAGGAUCCAAAUAUAGAAAAUGAAUCGCAGUUUUGAUAAUUCAUCAAGUGAAAUAAAAACUAUACUUUUGUCACGUUGAGAAUCUUCCUGUCACCAUAUAUCAUGUAAAUGUUUGUGGACCAGACGUCCUGAAAUAUUCGGGAUAGUCCCAAAUUAUGAGCAGUUACAAACAGGGGAACAAAAAAACAGAAAAGGGGUUGUUCUUUAGUUUUUUGUUUCACCAUUUAUAAAUGUUAGUCAGGAAACAGCUUGUGCCCCAAUUUUGGUUUUCUCAUUUCAAAACAAAAACUCACUGACUCUAGAUUAGACCUUUCACGUUUUUCUACAAUUUCAUUGCCACCAUUGUUUUUCCUACACACUUUGCAGCCCGUUAUCAUUCCCAGGUCAUCCAAUACAGACGCAAGCGGUAUUCAGUUAGUUGCAAUCUGCAACUUGAUGCCACAAAAUCUUACAAACUGGCCAUUUAACUUUAACAAGCUAAAACAAACUCAACUGCACUGAACUAUGGCGCUGCUGGACUGUCAUGAAUGAUUAUUAAUAAAACGGAGAUAAGAGCAACCAGCUGCUACUCAAAUGAGAGAACCCUUAAAUUACAUUACAAUUAGUCUACAUAAAUUAUUACAAUUGUUUGUUUGAAUUUGUGCUAAUAUUGUGAUCAAAUGUCACUUAUGUAGGCUCUAAUUUCUGCUUUUAGUUGUUCAAAAAAUUACUCAUAAAACACAGCUUUCUAACUGUUAAAGUUUUAGAUUCAAUGUCAGACUCUGAUUGUCUGCGUUGUAAACACAGAGUGGAGCUUUUACAGUCACUAGAAGCACCUUCAUGGCCGUUUGUAAAGGUUUCUGUGUUGUACCUGUGUUGUAGCUAAGCUAACCUCUGUGUUGACUUGUCAUUCGACCUGUUUUAAGAAGAGUGCAGCCGCCACUGUGGGAAGAAUUAAUGAUAAAAAUAUCUUUUAAAAUGAGUUUGUUAGCUCCUACAGCUGAAUGAUAAUGUUAACUGCUGAAAAGACGUUUAAAUGACUGUAACAUACCUCAGUCACCUGUGCGUUAAUGGUUCGUAAGUCAACCAUGACACAUAUAACUCGCCCAGCUGCCCUGUCCCCAGAUCUUAUCUGGUUACCUCAAUUUUCAGAUUAUUCACUGUUGGUCGGACAAAUGAAGAAACGCAAUCAUUUCAUUAGUUUAUAAUUUUAUGAUUUCUUUAUUAAUCACUGGUUUGACUGAUUGUUGUUGUUUGUCAGUGUUUCCCUUGUGUCAGGACUUCUCUAAAGACAAGAAGAAAACUACCUCAGGACAAAAUAUUUAAACAUGAGACUUAUUAAAGCUCCUUCCUAAAAUGUGUAUUUAUUGCAUAUCAGGUAUGUAUAACCAGUAAAGAGCCCCAUUAAAGCUGCAGUAGUGCAAUAGUUCUUUUCCA